UAUGAAUUUAAUGUUGAUGAGUACAAAAUAGUUUCUUCUACAGCAUUUUAUUUUCCAUUCAUUGCUAUAAUUUCGACCAAGAAACAUCUCACAUUUGUAGAUAUUUGUACAGAAGUGAUACAGCUCAAAAUCAAAAAAAUGGAUCCUUGUGAAUGUGUCUGGGACCAUGAGUUUGCCAUGAGGAGAUUGCUGCAUUUGCUGAGGAAUUCUCAAACUGUUUGCACAGACACUGAAUGUUUUGACGAAGGAACUGCAACUGCUUCAGGAUCAGACAAUGUUCUGUUGAUGACUCUGAUUUUGGCAGUUUCCUUUUUCUUGUUCUUUUUCCGACCAAGAAGUGUGAGGAACGCAAUAGACUCUAAACCUAGGAAUCAGGAUUCACAUGGUGCACCGCCAAACCCACCACCAUCAACUAUGUAACGUUACCAGGAUAUGAAUUAAUCAUCUGUUAAAUUGAAGCUUCUUAUAAUGAUAUAAUUCUUGCACUCAAUUCUACUUAAAAGGAAAAUAAAUUCCUCCGACACAAAUAGGGCAAGGGUAAAUAAUUCUUAUGAUAAUUAAAGGAGUAGUGAAAAUGUGAAAACUAAACAGAAUUUUCUGAGAUUAAAAAAAUUAUAGAUAUUUUCCCUGAGGUGUAAGGGUUAUGGAUAUGUAUAUGAUAUAUUGCUUAAGCGAUUUUUCAGAUAUUGAAAUAUUUUUUGAAUUAUAUUACUCAAUUCAUUUUAAGGAAUAAGCACCAGGUGUACCUGCUGCUCUGAAAUAUUCAUUCCAAUACUUUAUAUUAUUGAAAUAAUUCUAUUCAAAUAAAAACUUGGAAAUGUUGUUAUUUCAUAUUAGAA